GUUAAAAUAUGAAUAUACUUGCAUGAUCACAAUUUAUACAUUUUUACCAGAGUCCCCAAAGGAACCCCGGAGAGGAAAUUUAACAGGGGGAGUAACUGUAACCGAACUUCCGUCGACAGUGUAAACAAAAUCUAAAUCAUGACAGAUUUGAUCGCAAAGUUAUACGAACAAGGCAUUGCCAAAAAACUAUUAGGUUGUGGCAAAGGUGACUUGCCUGAAUAUGCAGACGGAACAAAGAUUAUCUUUCACUACAGAACCACAAAAUGUGAUGACGAGAAGACAGUUAUUGACGACAGUAGAAAACAUGAGAAGCCCAUGGAACUGAUUAUUGGUAAAAAGUUUAAACUGGAAGUUUGGGAAGACUGUCUAAAAACAAUGAGAGAUAAAGAAAGGGCUUUGUUCAUUGCAGAUACCAGACAUGUAAUGGGAUAUCCUCAUGUAUCCAAGAGUUUAAGAGGAAUCUUCGGGAAGGAUAAAAAUCAUGAACAUCAUGAGGGUGGCCAUUGUUGUGGCAUGAUGGCAAUGGCUGAACAAGGCUUAGGUUAUCCUGAUCUUGAUGAUCUUGUUAAAAAUCCUCAACCACUUGAAUUUACAUUAGAAAUUUUAAAUGUGCAAACACCCAAUGGUUAUGAGAAAGACACAUGGGCUAUGUCAGAGGAGGAAAGAACAGACAGGAUACCAGUUUUAAAAGAGGAAGGAAAUGCUUUGUAUGCAGAAAAAAAAUAUGGCGAGGCUGCUGAAAAAUACGGGGAAGCUUUAGGAUUGUUAGAACAGAAAGUUUUAAAAGAAAAACCAGGUGAUACAGAAUGGGAAAAACUUGAGGACAUGAAGAAACCAUUUUUACUUAAUUUUUCUCAGUGUAAAAUAAAUCUACAGGAAUACUACCCUGCUGUAGAACAUCUUUCUACAGUACUGAAAAGGGAUCCAGAUAAUGUAAAAGCAUUAUUUAGAAGAGGAAGAGCACAUGUUGGAGCUUGGAAUCCAGUGGAAGCACGAGAAGAUUUCAACAGAGUUAUAGAACUUGAUUCCACUUUAUCUGGUGCAGUGAAAAAAGAAAUUAAGAUUUUAGAUGACAAACAAAAAUUAAAAGAUGAAAAUGAUAAACAAAAAUUAAAAGGUUUAUUUAGUUGAUGAUAUUAGAAAUUUAGAGUUACUUCCCAUGUAUUGUAUUCAACUGGUUAUUUCCAGAUAUAUCACAAGCUUAGGAAACCAUCUUGGCCUUUUGAUAUGCUUUAUUACAAAUUGGAUUGUGUGUUGAAUGAAGAUACACAUGCAGUGUUCACAUUAAUGUUAAAAACCACAGAAAGCAUUAUGUAAUUCCAGACAAAUGAUUUUACAUCCACAAUAUUUAUCAUUAAGUUUUUAUUCAAGAUAUUGUUGGAUUGUAAUACUCAACAUUGACAAACAUAUAUAAUACUCUGAUCAGGCUGUCGGUCUGUACAUUUAGUGUGAAAGCUGAAGUUUGUAUAUUAUUAUUAUUUUAAAAAAAACCCACAAUGUUUGGUUUUAUGUAUCAAGCUGCAUUAUGAUUUUGACAGAGAUGAAAAUAGAAAUGAGACUUUAGUAGUAAUUUUUACAAUUUGAUUUUUUUCUUGAAAACUCAAAUUUAUUUCAUUAGAUCUCUGUGAUUUUGAUGAGUUGUUUUAACUUGUUUUUAAGAUUAUUUACAACUUGAUAGUUUGUAGAAGGCCUCAUGAUUUUUCGUCAGAUUUUUCAACAAUUUUCAACAAUGUUGGGUUCUUUUUUCUGAUUUUGAUAUUUUUUUUUCAAUUUUUGUUUUGAAAGGCUUAACCUUUAUUUGUGAAACUAUUUGACAUUUUUUUUUUCAAAUUUCUUUCACCAAUUCAAUGAAAUUUUAUAACAUAAUAACCAGUAAAUGCUACCUCCUUUGUUAUUUAUUUUUUUAUAUUGAUAGAUUUGUUGAUCUGCAGUUAUUGGUAUAUCAUGCUCAAAUGGCACACCUGUUUUUUUACACUUUGUACUUACAUAGUUCGAAAUACUUGAAAUAUAUGUCAUUUUGUACUCUCCUCUUCUGAUUUUGAGCUUUCAACCCAAUCCUUAGGUUGUUGCCACACCUUGAAGCUUUUUCUUUUUAGUGUAAAACAAAAUAUAUUAAAUAGCAAUGAUUAGAUCAUAUGUAUUUAUUAGUUGUUGUUCAUGUCUAGUAGUUUCAUCUUAAAUAGGUAGAGUCAUAAUUGUUUGCAUGAAGACAUUAUAGUUCAGGUUAUGAACUAAAAAGUUGUUUAUUUCAUUGAACAACAAGGUUGAUUAAAAACAUUGUUAUUGAAUUUACAAAUGAAAUCACUCACAGUGAAAAAGGGAUUAUCAGGCCAAUUGAAGCUAAUUUUAGGAUUUUUUUAUGCCCCACCUACAAUAGUAGAGGGGAUUAUGUUUCUGGUCUAUGCAUUCCAUUUGUCUGUCCGUCCGUUCGUCCGUUUGUUUGUUCGUUCGUCUGUCCCGCAUCAGGUUAAAGUUUUUGGUCAAGGUAGUUUUUGAUGAAGCUGCAGUCCAAUCAACUUGAAACUUAGUAGACAUGUUCCUUAUGAUAUGAUCUUUCUAAUUUUAAAGCCAAAUUAGACUUUUGACCUCAAUUUCAUGGUCUGCUGAACAUAGAAAAUGGAAGUGCCAGUUUCAGGUUAAAGUUUUUGGUCAAGGUAGUUUUUGAUGAAGUUGCAGUCAAAUCAACUUGAAACUUAGUACACAUUUUCCCUAUGGUAUGAAGUUUCUAAUUUUAAUGCCAAAUUAGAUUUUUUACCUAAUUUCACAGUCCAUUGAACAUGGAAAAUGAUAGUGAAAGUGGGGCAUCCUUGUACUUUGGAUACAUUCUUGUUUUAUCUCAUUUCAACCCAAAUGUUUUCCAAAUGAUUUUGUUUUCUAAAAUUCAAUUUCUAGAAGCUUACAAUGUCUAGUAUAUACAUUUGUACCAGUAAAAUUUUUCAAGAAAUCAUAAGUUCAAGAUUUAUUUAAAAUUCUUUGGUUUAAUUUUGGUUGCAUGUUUGCAGAUCUUAAAAACAUAGGAUACCAAAUCAGAAAAGCAAAAUAUCCAAGAUGGCUGCCCUAUAAAUGCUCAGUUGAAUUCUCAGUUUAUUUAACUUAAGAUUAAUAGGCCAUUAAUAGGUGCUUAUAGUUUUAUUAUUGAAUAUGUUUUAAGUUUUUGAAAUAAAAUUUAGUUAAAAAUAUCAA